AGGCGCGUAGGGGAGCCCGCGGGGCGCAUGCGCGGUGCGGGGCCCUCCGCCGCUCUGGUGUCGCCGCCGCCGCCGUUGCUGCCGUUGCCGCCUCCCUGCCGGCAAGUGUGGGAAGGAGGAGCCCAAGGCCGCCGCCGCCGUUGCCGCCAUGGGGAGGAAGUCAAGCAAAGCAAAGGAGAAGAAGCAGAAGCGGUUGGAGGAACGAGCAGCCAUGGACGCCGUCUGUGCCAAAGUGGACGCUGCCAACAGGCUUGGAGACCCUUUAGAGGCUUUCCCAGUGUUCAAGAAAUAUGAUCGAAAUGGGCUAAACGUGUCCAUUGAGUGUAAGCGAGUGUCUGGACUGGAGCCGGCCACCGUGGCCUGGGCCUUCGACCUGACCAAAACCAACAUGCAGACCAUGUACGAGCAGAGCGAGUGGGGCUGGAAGGACCGGGAGAAACGCGAGGAGAUGACGGACGACCGAGCCUGGUACCUCAUUGCGUGGGAGAGCAGUUCCGUCCCCGUGGCCUUUUCUCACUUCCGGUUUGACGUGGAAUGCGGAGACGAAGUCCUGUACUGUUAUGAAGUGCAGUUGGAGAGCAAGGUGCGGCGGAAAGGCCUGGGGAAGUUCCUCAUACAGAUCCUGCAGCUCAUGGCCAAUAGCACACAGAUGAAGAAAGUUAUGUUAACUGUAUUUAAACACAAUCACGGCGCCUACCAGUUCUUCAGAGAAGCCCUGCAAUUUGAAAUCGAUGACUCUUCCCCCAGCAUGUCCGGGUGCUGUGGAGACGACUGCUCCUAUGAGAUCCUGAGCCGGAGGACCAAGUUUGGGGACAGCCAGCACUCCCACGCGGGCGGGCACUGUGGUGGCUGCUGCCACUGAGCUCCCGAGCUAGAACGCUCUCUCCAAGGGCCUGUCUUCUCCCUGGGCUCACGCCGCCGGCCGGGUACCUCAGAGCUGCGCGUGCUGGGCCGCAGCGCGAGAGCACAGAACCCUGCGGGGGGCACGCUCCCCACUGCCCCUCCUCCCCUCUCUGAGAAGAGCGGAGUGCCCAGGAGCAGAGAGAAGAGGGUGCCGAGGGAGCUGGCGGAGGCCGGGCACCAAGCGUACCUUCUCACGGUGGCUGCCUUCUCGCUUGGCCCUGGUGCCCUCCACCAUGAGGUCCCCCAACUUCUUUGCAGAUGGGUUCAUGACAAGCCCGUCCGUCCCCCCUGCCACACCCACACUUGGACAAAUGGGGUGUUUGUACCCACCUUUCUACAAAGCCCUGGAGCCCUGGGUCAAGGUCUGGCAGGUCCUCAAUGAAGAAUGGAUUCGGUGCGAGAUCCGGACGGAAAGAGGGGCUUCAGAGAGACUCGAGUUUCGUAGAUGACGCCUUGCUGGAGACCGGGGGGAGGUCUUCUGUGCCUCGACGCUGGGAGCACAGGGGCUCUUUCUCGCUGUGCUCGGCCCGGCUCGGAGCGGGCGUGGAGGCGCCCCAGCCCACUGGGAGGAAGGCUCCAUCCCUCUCCCCAUGGCUGCCAGAGGAGAGGACCAGGAGCAGGGUGUGGAUGGGGCCCCGCCGGAGGAUAGUUGCGUCUCUGGGCUUCUGGACUUGCUGCGUUCGGCUGGGCCUCUUGGUCUCCUGGCCGUGGCUCAGAGCUCUUGGUUCACGGAAACAAGCCAGAGGUCCUGCCGGCGCCUCUCCAUCACCCCUCGCCACCCAUUAUCCCUCAGCUCACCGUCACCCAUAGCCCCGUUCUUACUCUCAAGGCGGAGAAUGACAUUAGGGAACCCCUCCCCUUCCCCCAGAAGGACCCCUCGUUCCUGGCAUAUUCAGUACUGUCUCCUCUCAUAUCUUGGUGCUGAUCGCUCUCCCAAGGUGGGGCCUCCCUCCCUCCUCAGAGAGCCCCCAGCCAGCAGCAGGCCCUGCUGCCUGCACCCCCCGGCCUUGCCCCUUGCUGCCUCAGUGAGGCCUGGCGCCACUGCCCUGACUGGCGGCUUCGGCUGCAGCAGGAAUGCCUCUCAGUGGCCCAGACCGCUGCUUUUCUCUCUCUCCAGUGUCUCCAGCGGCCUGGAGCAGGGGGAGAAGGCCUUCCUCCUCUCUCACGGGAUAGAGAAGCUAUGGGUCAGAGCCUAGACUUGCCCUGAUCUCGGGGCCUCCCUUCCAGGGGAGAGAAUGACCAAAUUCUUAGCCAGGAAAAGGCACCUGCCUCCCAGCCCCACUUGGACAUCCUUGAGCUCUGCUCUAGGGAGUGUCUGAAAGGUUCUGGCCUUUGUGAAGUUGCUCCUUGGAGGUCUGUUCUGACCUCGGCUCGUACCCAACCCUCUGCCCUGACUCACGUGGUCUAUGCUGGCGGGUCUCCCUGGAGCUGUUCCUGCUUCUCCCCUACUUUCCUGCUUGUGCGGGGAGGGGGGUCCAGUCACAGGGCCCCCUUCACCCACCCAGCCCUCCUGAGUGCUCCGUGUUGCUCUUGACCGCGCCAGCAGUGGGCGUGCCGCUCUGUUGGAGAGGGCCUUGCAGCCUUACACUGGAGCAAGCCCUCCUCUGUCCCCGCCUUCAGGCUCGGGGAGAGGGGUGUGGAUUGCACACCGUGGGGGGUGGGGGGCAGAAACUGGAAUUGAAGUGUGGGAGGGCGCCCUCCCAGAAUCGGGGAAUGACAGAAGCAUGUUUAGGAAUGUUCUUCCUCUGAUCCUUAUCUUUCGACACAGAAUGGAUAGAUAUUUAUUGUCAUAGAUCGUGGAUUUCUGAUACCUCUCAAGGGGAUCGAAGGGAAUCCCACUGUAAAUCCUUCAUGAGGUGAGUUCAGUGUAUGUUGUCUCUUUCCAUUCUUCAGACACCUGUCACUGAGCCCACUGGCAGAUGGGGUGCCUGGUGCCGCGCCCUGCUCUUCCUGCCUCUGCCAGUCACUUCCUGCAGGGCUGCUGGGGGGCGGGGGCCGGAGAGGCGCUGCCUGAGGCCAGUAGGCCGUUGUCUGUGGUUGGUGUUGAGCCUGUUCAGUUCUCUCGCUUCCCUCCCAGGUCUUGGUUUUGAGAAACAGGGCAGGCCUUCUGUUCCCGGCUCGCGCGUGUGUGCGCGUGCGUGUGUGCGCGCGCGUGUGUGUGUGUGUGUGUGUGUGUGUGUGUGUGUGUGUGUUGGGGCACGUUAAAUAUUCUUUAAGAUUUUUUCUUCUUUUUUUUUAGUUGUACACACCCUAUUUCAGGUUAUUUUUGUUGACGUAAGAAAUGUGUAUAUGACAUGCCUAUGGUUUUUUUAAACCCUUUCUGAUUUUGUUUUUUAGAGGAAACUGAAGAUAAACUCUUUCUUGAUAUAUAUAUAUUUUUUUUUUUCUUUAGCAACUUGUUAUCACUGGAAUCAAAGGGAAAAGUGAUCUCUUUUUGCAUUGGUUGUAUUUGUAUGUCACAAAUAAAAGACACUUUGUUCAGCUGUU